UUGCAGUUACUGAAUAUGUUUCCUCUGACUGUGGAAAACAAGCAUGUGGCCCAGUUGUUGCUCAGUACUGGUACCUGUCCAAGAUGUAUCUUCAGAUUCUGUGGUGUGGAUUUUCAUGCACCAUACAAACUUCCCUACAAGGAGUUGCUCAGUGAACUACAAAAAUUUCUGGAAGCUGAAGAAGAUGAAUUAGUUUCUGAAAUUCCAAACCCACCUCCUAAGAAAAUUCGACUCCAGGAACCAGAAGAUCAGAUUGAUGGGAUGGACAGUCUGAGUCAAAAUGGAGAGGGAAAGCUCUCAGUGACUGAAGAUGGAAGCAGUUCUUCCAAGAACUCGAAUUUAAAUGUAUGCAAUGUAUGCCUAGGAAUUCUUCAAGAUUUCUGUGAAAAAGAGUUCAUUAAAAAGGUGUGCCAAAAGGUUGAGGCCUCUGGGUUUGAAUUCACCAACUUGGUAUUGUCAGUCUCCUUCCCACCGCAGCUAUCUGUAAGAGAGCAUGCUGCUUGGUUGCUGGUAAAACAGGAAAUGGGAAAGCAGAGUCUGUCGCUGGGAAGAAAUGAUAUAGUUCAGCUAAAAGAAGCCUACAAAUGGAUAACUCACCCCCUGUUUUCAGAGGAACUGGGUGUUCCCAUUGAUGGAAAGAGCUUGUUUGAAGUGAGUGUGGUCUUUGCUCACCCAGAAACAGUUGAGGAUUGCCACUUCCUACGUGCAAUAUGCCCAGAUUGUUUCAAGCCAGCCAAAAACAAACAGUCAGUAUUCACUAGAAUGGCAGUUAUGAAAGCUUUGAAUAAGAUAAAAGAAGAGGAUUUCCGCAAGCAGUUUCCUUGUCCUCCAAACUCACCAAAGACUGUAUGCACUGUUCUUGAAAUUGAAUGUGCUCAUGGUGCUGUUUUUGUGGCUGGGAGAUAUAAUAAAUACUCCAGGAAUCUACCACAAACUCCUUGGAUAAUUGAUGGAGAAAGGAAGCUGGAAUCUUCAGUGGAAGAAUUAAUUUCAGACCAUCUUUUGAAAGUGUUCAAAGCAGAAAGCUUUAAUUUUUCUUCCUCUGGAAGAGAAGAUGUAGAUGUGAGAACAUUAGGAAAUGGAAGGCCCUUUGCAAUUGAGCUGGUGAAUCCUCAUAGAGUACAUUUCACUUCACAAGAAAUUAAGGAACUUCAGCAGAAAAUUAAUAACUCAUCUAACAAAAUCCAAGUCCGUGACUUGCAGCUUGUCACAAGAGAGGCAAUAGGACAUAUGAAAGAAGGUGAAGAAGAGAAGACCAAGACCUACAGUGCCUUAAUAUGGACAAAUAAAGCAAUACAGAGGAAGGACAUUGAAUUCCUAGAUGACAUAAAGGACUUAAAGAUUGACCAGAAAACACCUUUACGGGUCCUUCACCGGAGGCCCCUGGCUGUGAGAACUCGCAUCAUUCACUCCAUGGAGACAUGCUAUGUGGACGAGCACCAUUUCCGCCUCUACCUGAAGACUCAAGCUGGAACCUACAUUAAAGAGUUUGUACAUGGAGACUUUGGAAGAACCAAGCCAAACAUUGGCUCUCUGAUGGAUGUGACUGCAGACAUUCUUGAGCUGGAUGUUGAGUCUGUAGAUGUUGAUUGGCCCCCUGCUCUGGAUGACUAGCUUUCAUACUUGGAAACAAAGAGUAGGCUUUUCCAGCUCAGCAUGGACAUCCAUCCAGCAUACACUGUAAAAUGGUUGUUUUUAC